UAAAUACAUCGUGGCCGCUGUACGUUCUUUGGCGCUACAUCUAAAAUUGUGAAUUUAGAUUUAAGUCAAAGAAUAUGUAUUGUAUGUCAAAGAAUAAGAAUUGUAUAGGCUUUCUUUGUUUAAGUGUCAAAGCGGGUCUUGAAUUUUCCUGAUUAGGUGUUUACUAACUUUUUAUGUGAUACGUAAAUUUCAAGACCUUUAAAUUAAGAUUGUGCAAGCAUGGAUUCACAUUUCUCUAACUGCUCUUCAGAUACAAUUGAUUCAAUAAGAAAAAUGACAGCAAGUCGACGAGGUGGGAUCAGAAUCCGAGGUCGGAGAUUUCCACCAACUGGAAUACGAAGUGAUAUGCUGCCUACUGGUACCAAAAAAGUUGUUGCUCCUAAAAUUCCACAGAGACGAACUCAGGUGAAAAAAGAAAUUCCAGAAUGCUCUGUUAAAGCUGAUAUUAUUGAGCAAGAGAAAAAAGUUGAAUCGUGGCGUGGUCGGGGCCAUGGAUCUAAAAUUAUUGUGCAGACAGCUGGUUCAUUUCUAGGAGAAGGAGUAGCACCAAAGAUAAAAAGAGAGCUGCCUGACUACCAUGAAAGAGCUUAUUUAGCAAACUGUUCAAGAAAUACUGUGAGGAAUGAGAAAACUGAAUUUCAAAUGAAAGAAGACGCUAAUAUCAUUGAUGACCUUCUGUUUCAUGAAGACAAUGAAGCAUUUAUAGAUGAUAAAAAUUUUCAACAACCAGUGAAAUUACCAAAGCAGGAAUUGCAGAAUAUUAAACAAGAACCACCCGAUCCUGACAAUAAACCUUUUACAAAAGAGGAAUACAUUGGAAACAAGUUGGAAUCUGCAGGUAACAGAUUUUUCAUGAAUUUUAGAAGAAUGGAUAAUAAGAAAGAAAAGGAUUGUAAAGAUGAUAUUAAACCAGGUGAAGACUUUCUGAUGCUUAUCCAGCUACCUACUUGUUUGCCAUUUAAAAAAGAGGAAGAAGAAUUGACUGAUAAUGCUGAUAAUAAAACAGAGGAUGAAUCUACUAAAAUGGUGAAUUCAAAACCAGACUGGGAUGCUAUGUGCGAGGGUCAUAUAGGUAAGCUACAAAUUUUGAAAUCUGGCAAGAUGCUGUUAUCCUUAGGAUCAGUUAAAUUUACUUUAGAAAAUGCAUCUCCUUCAGACUCACUAUGGGAAGUUGCUUCUGUGCAUAUCCAAAAUGAAAACUGUGGUGACAUUUCAAUUCUUGGGAAAAUAGAACAAAAGUUCACUGCUCGUCCUUUAUUGUAGUAUAUCAAAUGAUAACAACCUAAGAAUUCUUUGAGAAAAAUGUAAAUUGAACUCUCAGAAAAUUAUUUUUGAAAUGUUAAAUGAAUUCAUUGUAAUUCCACUGCAUUACUGGUAUAAAAGUAAAUGUAUAACUUUAAAAUUUAAAAAAAAUUCUAAGAUUUGUAUCUGUAAAUUAUUUGUCUUGUUUAAAUUUAGUAGCACUUUUCUACUUUGCUUUAUUUUUGUUAAUACACGGCAAUGUAAGUCACAAUUGCUAACUUUGUAAAAGCCAUUUUUUCCUA